GAUUGGUAGUGUCGGUCUCGCGAGCUUGCAAAAAUAAAAUCGUACAAGUUUAUUGUAAAAUCUCGAUUUAAAAUCGGGAAAGUCAAGGUUUUCCUGUGAAAUCACUAUUGCUACGUGACUACGCGGCACAUCAGCAUGGCGGAGAACAAUCCGUACAGCGGUUUGGUGAAGACUUUGGAAGUGAAUGGAAGGACAUAUAAGUAUUAUGACAUUGCCGCUUUAGGAGCUAAAUAUGACCGUCUCCCGUACAGCAUCAGGGUGCUCCUGGAGUCCUGUGUCCGUAACUGUGACAACUUCCAAGUUCUGGAGAAGGACGUCCAGAAUGUACUGGACUGGGACACCAACCAGGCUAAGGAAGAACCCACCGAGAUCGCGUUCAAACCCGCCAGGGUUAUAUUACAAGACUUGACUGGGGUGCCGGCUGUAGUGGACUUCGCUGCCAUGAGAGACGCAGUGAAGGACCUGGGGGGAGACCCUCAGAAGAUCAACCCAAUCUGUCCCGCAGACUUGGUCAUAGACCACAGUGUGCAGGUCGACUUCGCUAGGACUCCAGACGCGCUGUCCAAGAACCAAGAACUCGAAUUUGAAAGGAACAAGGAGCGAUUUCAAUUCUUGAAGUGGGGUGCUCAGGCGUUCGACAAUAUGCUUAUAGUGCCUCCCGGCUCCGGAAUCGUUCACCAGGUGAAUUUAGAGUAUUUGGCGCGCGUGGUGUUCACGGGUGGAGUUCUCCACCCUGACUCCGUGGUGGGCACAGACAGCCACACAACCAUGAUCAAUGGGCUAGGUGUGGUCGGCUGGGGUGUCGGCGGUAUUGAAGCGGAAGCCGUAAUGUUGGGUCAGGCUAUAAGUUUAUUGCUACCCAAAGUGGUGGGUUACAAGCUUGUGGGGGAACUGAACCCACUCGCGACCUCUACCGAUUUAGUGCUAACCAUUACCAAGCACCUCCGCUCCCUGGGUGUUGUGGGUAAGUUCGUGGAGUUCUUCGGCCCCGGAGUGACGGCGCUGAGCAUCGCGGACCGCGCUACUGUGGCCAACAUGUGCCCGGAGUUCGGCGCCACCGUGGCACACUUCCCCGUCGACACAAGGUCUCUGGGCUACUUGGCACAGACCAAUCGUCCCAAAGAAAAAAUUGACGUUAUCGAGGCGUACCUCCGCGCGACCAAACAGUUCAGAAACUACGAGAAUCCCAAUGAAGACCCUAUAUUCUCUGAGGUAGUAGAACUGGACCUAUCGACAGUGGUGACCUCUGUGAGCGGCCCCAAGAGACCCCAGGACAGAGUGUCUGUCGCCGUCAUGAAGAAGGAUUUCCAAGACUGUCUCACUAACAAGGUGGGUUUUAAGGGCUACGGUCUCAGCCGUGCGCAGCUCUCGGCCUCCGGCAGCUUCACGGCGGCGGACGGCCGCCGGCACACCAUCACGCACGGCGCCGUCAUCAUCGCGGCCAUCACCUCGUGCACCAACACGUCCAACCCCAGCGUCAUGCUGGGCGCCGGUCUCCUGGCCAAGAAAGCAGUUGAGAAUGGUCUGAGCGUGUUGCCUUACAUCAAGACAUCGCUCUCGCCAGGUUCUGGAGUCGUCACCUAUUAUUUGAAGGAAUCAGGCGUGGUGCCGUACUUGGAGAAGCUGGGCUUCAACAUCGUGGGCUACGGGUGUAUGACGUGUAUCGGCAACUCUGGACCUAUUGACGACAACAUCUCCAAUACUAUUGAAAAGAAUGAGUUGGUCUGCUGCGGGGUCCUCUCCGGCAACCGCAACUUCGAGGGUCGCAUCCACCCCAACACGCGCGCCAACUACCUCGCAUCCCCGCUGCUUGUCAUAGCGUACGCCCUCGCUGGAACUGUCGAUAUCGACUUCGAAACUCAGCCUCUAGGCAAGCGCUCGGAUGGGUCGCCGGUGUUCCUGCGAGACAUCUGGCCCACCAGGGCUGAGAUACAGGAAGUGGAGAACAAACACGUCAUACCUGGCAUGUUCAAGGAGGUGUACGCGAAAAUAGAGUUAGGGUCGCCGUCGUGGCAGGCUCUGUCAGUGCCGCAAGGGAAGCUGUACGGAUGGGACCCAAACUCUUCUUACAUCAAGAAACCACCGUUUUUCGAUGGCUUGGGCAGGGAGCUGCCUCCAAUCCGGGACAUAGACAACGCCCGUUGUCUACUCCUUUUGGGCGAUUCUGUGACAACGGAUCAUAUAUCGCCCGCCGGAUCUAUCGCUAGGAAUUCACCUGCUGCGAGAUAUUUAGCUACCAGGGGCUUGACCCCUCGUGAGUUCAACUCGUACGGCGCCCGUCGAGGCAACGACGCGAUAAUGAGUCGCGGCACUUUCGCUAACAUUCGCCUUGUGAACAAACUGUCGCCCACCGCUGGGCCUCGAACCACACACUACCCCAGCGGUGACGUUAUGGAUAUCUUCGACGCUGCUGAAAGGUACUCUCAAGAAAAUGUUCCACUGAUAGCAAUCGUGGGUAAGGACUACGGUUCUGGCUCGAGUCGAGAUUGGGCGGCCAAAGGCCCUUAUUUAUUGGGCAUCCGCGCGAUUAUAGCGGAGUCGUUUGAACGGAUCCACCGCUCAAACCUUGUGGGCAUGGGCGUUAUCCCGCUGCAGUUCACCGCUGGACAGAAUGCCGAGACGCUAGGGUUGAACGGCUCCGAGAAAUACACUCUACACGUGCCUGUGGACAUACAGCCAGGGCAGUUAUUAGAAGUCAGGGUCGACAACGGUAAGUCGUUCCAUGUAAAGGCCCGUUUCGACACCGAAGUCGACUUGACCUACUUCAGAAACGGAGGUAUUCUCAACUACAUGAUCAGAAAGAUGUUGUAACGUACCUGGUGUCAUAAACAAUAUAAAUAUCACGUAAUAACACAAAUCGGGUUUUAUAAUUUUUUCGCAUCGCUCCCCCUCGGUGAAAUGGCGUUCAUUGAAAAGUGAGCUUUAUUGCGUUCGCUUAAGACAUAAUUUACUUUAACAACAAAUUAGCGGAUAGCUCGCUCGCGGCGGAAUCAAGAAUGUGGUCGAAUAGUGAAUGCAACAUGUUUAGUUUACCCAAUCAACCAUAUUUGUGGUCACGAAAUGAAUAAACUAUUAAUAAUAGAUAGAAUCAACAGCCAUACGUCAUUCAGAAGUAAUCCGCUUUGUUAUUAUUUUUCGAAAAUAAUUUAUAUACCAUUUCAUUUACUUUUAUAUGCGGAUAACCUAAAAUACUGUCAGCGAAGUACGGAUCUGUAUUUCACUUCUAACUUCUAUCGAAUCGAUUCACAGUGAGACGCGGCGAACCAAUCACAUUGCGGUGUGGUUGUCGGCGCGUCACAAUGGCGCAUUGUGAUUGGUCAGCUGCGUCUCACUGCGAAGAUGUAAAUAGCGAAGUCGCACUACGUAUUUAUUCAUAAAAACAUAAACUUAAAGCGUACUUUAAGUUAUUUUUUGUCACGAUAGCAAUAACAAUAUUUGACAUCGAGACCAAAAUAUACUUCAGCUUAAAGUAACCUUCAAUUUUUUUUAUAUAAAAGUUAAGUUUUGUCACGAUAGCACUUUAACAAUUAUCUACUUAUAAUUUUUAUUUACUCUCCCCUAUAUCCGUAUGUAUGUAUAAUAUAUUUAUAUACACUUAUAUUUCAGGUUACACACUGAACCGUGUUUCAAUAUUGAUAUUAUAACAUGUUAUAUUCCGUGUCAAGCUUUGACUUUGGCAAAAUCAUCGUUUUGGCGAACGAUGGAGCCAUGAAAUUAAAAAAAAAACUAUUUGACAUUGAUAUAACGAGACAAAAUAUAUUUCAGCUUAAAGUAACCUUAAAGUUUUUUUUUUUUUAUAAAUAACGUAAUUGUUUUGGUAAAACGUCCUCUGUGGGUUUUCUUUCACUUUUCGUUUUUAUACUUAUUUGUAUUGUUUUUAUAUUAUAUAUUAUUUUAUAAUGGACUUUUAGAUUGCAUUUGUUUAAACUGAAUAUUGAAAACUUGACUGAAAGUAUAUAUUUCACACGUUGUUGUGUCGACACGCAGAUAUUCGCUUAUGACUUUGUUAUGUGUAUUUUUAAAAAAUAAAUUUUAGACAAUUUCCAGGUUGUAUAAAAGAGCAAAUGGGUUUUAGUUUAUAAGCAAUUUAUUGAUUAAGUUUAAAAACCGAGUUUAUUUGUGGUGCAUAUUUUUAUUUAAUUAAUGUUUGUACUAAAUAAGAAUUACUUAUCUGAGCCUAACAUAUAGAAGCAAUUUUAUAUCGAAAACUGCAAAGAAAGGUUUUUCCUCUCAAUCAUACUAAGUUAUUACAUAUGUUUUUUAUUUAAUUUUUUGUAAUUUUGUAAACUGAAAAGAAAAACAAAAUUCCUUUCAUACUAAGUAAUUUUAUAUUUCGGAUGAUAUUUAAUGGUGGAUGUUUGUAAUAUAAUAAGGUAUAUUGAAAGAAUAAAUAUUUUGUUAUACGA